AUGAGACACCAACAGCUCGCGCUAUACGCGCUUGUCGCCAGCCUCUGGAGCUUCACGCUCGUCAGCGGCCAGCAGCACCUCUCCCCCAGAGACAGCAGCUGCAGCAGUCAAGACAGAACCUACAGCAACGAGGUACCUCGCGCCGGCAGCUACCAACCAUGGGCCCUCAUCCCCUUUGGCAAGGUCGGCUUCCCGGCCAAGCAGUACAUCACCAUCGUCAACCUCACCCCUCACCGCUUCGUCCUGGACAAGGGAGCCACCCACUCGUACCAGAUGGACAUCUUUGACUGGGACGACAUCCCUCAGGGCCGGUCGCGCCAAAACGUCGCCAAGUACACGUCCAAGGCCGGCAAGAACCCCGUCGACGACAACGGCGAGGCCUACUACUCCAUCCAGGGCACCAACAAGAAGUUCAUGGUGCGCGCGACGACGCACAUCCCCGACGACUACCCGCGCCGGACCGUGUUCGACCUGAGCGGCAUGGGCCUCGGCCAGCGCGAGUACUCGGACCCGGGCAAGGAGGCACCCGUGACGCUGGUCAUCACCGGCAGCGCGACCUACGGCUUCGCGGCAUCCCUGCGCCACGGACCCGGCAACUGGAUGCGCGGCCUGUACGACGUGAUCAAGGACCGGCCGCUGCGGCACCUGUUCCUGCCCGGGUCGCACGACGCCGGCAUGAGCCGCAUCAGCGGCAACCUGGUCUCGCUCGGCUCCGCGCCCAACACGCAGACGCAGGGCAUCACCAUCUACGACCAGCUGCGCGCCGGCUCGCGCCUCUUCGACCUGCGCGUCGGCACCGUCCACAACGCGACCAACACGGCCCAGUACGGCUACUGGAUCCUGCACGUCAACGACGAGAGGGCGGACGUGGCCAUUGGCAACACGGGCGAGGCGCUCGACGAGGUCAUCCAGGAGGUCAACCGGUUCACCGCGGAGAACCCCGGCGAGAUCAUCCUGUUUCGCGUGCGGUACCUGAUCGGCAUCCGCAACAUCCCCAGCUUCGGCCCCAUCUACUGGACCGCCGACAUGGUCAACGAGUUCUUCGGCAAGCUGCGCGGCGUCAACGACCGGUGCGGCGGCCUCGAUGCCGGGGGUACCACGUUUGACAAGCAGCCCGCGUCGUACUUUAUGGACCGCAACGGGGGGCGCGGGUGCGUGCUGUUCCUGCUCGACACGAGCAACCUGCAGGACGGCGUGCCGCACGACGCCGUCGCCGACGGCAUCUACCGCACCGAGGCGCUGCCUGUCUGGGACAACUGGUCGAACCUGCCGGACACGCAAAAGGUGGCCGAGGACCAGACGGCCAAGUGGAAGACGGUGUCGCGCGCCGGCGCCUUCGCCAACGACCAGUUCCUGAUCGGCCAGUGGAUCAUCAGCGCCGACCCGCUGACUACGACGGCGCUGACGAUCGAGCAGAUGGCCGUCCAGCCGACCAACCCGGCGCUGUACUGGAUGGGCCUCAACGCGAUGAGCCCGGAGGUGUUCCCGACGGUCGCGCUGGUCGACUACGUGGGCGUGGUGGUCGACGGCCGCCACGCGUGGGACCAGCUGAGCGCGGAGCUGUACACCCUGGCGGUCGGGAUGAACCUGUACAUGAUCAGCGAGAACUGCGACAUCAGCAAGGGCCGCUCGCCGCUGCUGCCGCCGCCGCCCAGGGCGCAGGCGUUUACGCUGAGCGCGCCGGGCCCGAAGCAGCUCAUCCCCAUGUGGAAUGGCAUCAUCUACGAGAACGGCACGAUUGUGAACAAUCCUGCCAACGGCACUCAUCCCGGGCGCGUGCCGAUCCUGAAGAGCGGCACCGUCUUCCUCAACGGGACAAUCGUGUUUCACGACAAGAUCAACCCCCGAUUCGGCACGCCUUGA